AUGCACGCUCCACGACAGAGCCCAGCUGGGAAGUGCAGCAGACAGUGCCGACAUCCGAGGACACAGACCUCAAGAAACAAGACCUUAAGAAAGCACAGGCCAUGCGAUUCCAAAGCAAGCUUUCCUGUGCACAUUCGUGUGCGCGGCAAAACGCUGUCAUUCGCAGAAUGUCUAACUUUCUUGUCACAGGAAGUGAGCGAAGAUGGCCCGGAAGAAGAGACAUGGACUCAAAAGCCGUCACUGGGCAGCAAAGAGACCAAGCAGGACAUUGUGAACGUGAAUGGUUUUCAUAGCGGGGGAAUGCCGCUCCAGGCAGGGGAAGACUAUGCCUGGUGGCUACUACGUCCGGAGCCUCGAGGAAGUGCAUACAAGCACCAUGCGCGCCCGGGGCCCCAGAUGCCCCUAGCCCUUUUCCCAGACCUGCAGCCUUUGCUUUUCGCAGAGACUUCUGAGACCUUCAACGUUCGCCUGACCAAGCCAUACCAGCGCCCUGCUCCAGAAUCGGAGGUUCAGCUUCCUUUCGAUGAUCAGAGGUUACAAUAG